CGGAGCGACAGACGGAUCAGCUGCGGCAUCCGUGACUGCGCGUGUCCGCCCGCGCAGCGCCGCUCCCGCCGCCUCCUCCGGUCCGGCCUCCGCCUCCCUCUCCGCUCCUCCGGUUCGGCUCGGCUCGGUUCCGCCAUGGGGAACCGGGGCAUGGAGGAGCUGAUCCCGCUGGUCAACCAGCUGCAGGACGCCUUCUCCGCCAUCGGACAGAACGCCAACCUGGACCUGCCGCAGAUCGCGGUGGUGGGCGGACAGAGCGCCGGCAAGAGCUCCGUCCUGGAGAACUUCGUCGGCAAGGACUUCCUUCCUCGUGGUUCUGGUAUUGUCACUCGUCGUCCUCUGGUGUUGCAGCUCAUUAACUGUCCGACAGAGUACGCAGAGUUCCUUCACUGUAAAGGGAAGAAGUUCACAGACUUCGAUGAAGUUCGACAGGAGAUCGAAGCAGAAACAGACCGAGUGACAGGAAUGAACAAAGGAAUCAGCCCCGUUCCAAUCAACCUGAGAGUCUACUCCCCCAACGUGCUAAACCUGACCCUGGUGGACCUUCCGGGGAUGACCAAGGUUCCGGUGGGGGACCAGCCGGCCGACAUCGAGCACCAGAUCAAAGACAUGCUCAUGCAGUUCGUCACCAAAGACAACUGCCUCCUAUUGGCCGUUUCACCUGCCAACUCCGACCUCGCCAACUCUGACGCCUUGAAGGUCGCCAAGGAGGUCGACCCGCAAGGUCUCAGGACCAUCGGCGUCAUCACCAAACUGGACCUGAUGGACGAAGGAACCGACGCCAGAGACAUCCUGGAGAACAAGCUGCUGCCGCUGCGCAGAGGUUACAUCGGUGUGGUCAACCGCAGUCAGAAAGACAUCGACGGGAAGAAAGACAUCACAGCGGCUCUGCAGGCCGAGAGGAAGUUCUUCCUGUCACAUCCAUCCUAUCGACACCUGGCAGACCGCAUGGGCACCGCCUACCUGCAGAAGAUCCUCAACCAGCAACUGACCAACCACAUCCGGGACACGUUGCCAGGGUUACGCAGCAAACUGCAGAGCCAGCUGUUGUCCAUCGAGAAGGAGGUGGAGGAGUACAAGAACUUCAGACCUGACGACCCCAGCCGCAAGACCAAGGCCCUGCUGCAGAUGGUUCAGCAGUUUGCUGUGGACUUUGAAAAGCGGAUUGAAGGUUCUGGUGAUCAGGUGGACACUUAUGAACUGUCAGGAGGAGCAAAGAUCAACAGGAUCUUCCACGAACGGUUCCCAUUUGAACUGGUCAAGUUGGAAAGUGAUGAGAAGACUCUGAGGAAGGAGAUCAGCUACGCCAUCAAGAACAUCCACGGGAUCAGGACCGGUCUGUUCACUCCUGACAUGGCGUUUGAAACCAUCGUCAAGCGUCAGAUCGCUCAGAUCAAAGAGCCAUGUCAGAAAUGUGUGGACAUGGUGAUCAGUGAACUGGUCAACACUGUCCGACAGUGCACACAGAAGUUGGCUCAGUAUCCGAUGCUCAGGGAGGAGAUGGAGCGGAUCGUCACUCAGCACAUCAGAGACCGAGAGAGUCGCACUAAGAACCAGGUGAUGCUGCUGAUUGACAUCGAGUUGGCGUACAUGAACACCAACCACGAGGAUUUCAUCGGCUUUGCAAAUGCUCAACAGAAGAGCAGUCAGAUGAGUAAGAAGAAGGUGGCAGGAAACCAGGACGAGAUCAUGGUGAUCCGUAAAGGGUGGCUGACCAUCAACAACAUUGGCAUCAUGAAGGGCGGAGCCAAAGAGUACUGGUUUGUCCUGACGGCGGAGACCCUGUCCUGGUACAAAGACGACGAGGAGAAGGAGAAGAAGUACAUGCUGCCGGUGGACAACCUGAAGCUCAAGGACAUCGAGAAGAGUUUCAUGUCCAGUAAACACAUCUUUGCCCUGUUCAACACCGAACACAGGAAUGUGUAUAAGGACUACCGUCAGCUGGAGUUGGCCAGUGAGUCCCAGGAAGAGGUGGACAGCUGGAAGGCGUCUUUCCUACGGGCUGGAGUGUACCCUGAACGCAGCGUGGACAAGGACAAGGCGGAGGCGGAGGAGUCCAGCGCUGACGGGCAGAUCCACAGUCUGGACCCUCAGCUGGAGCGACAGGUGGAGAUCGUCAGGAACCUGGUGGACUCGUACCUGUCAAUCAUCCACCGCACUGUCAGAGAUCUGAUCCCCAAGACCAUCAUGCACCUGAUGGUCAACAAUACUAAGGAGUUCAUCCAUGCAGACCUGUUGGCUCAGCUGUACUCCUGUGGAGACCAGAACACGCUGAUGGAGGAGUCCCAGGAGCAGGCUCAGCACAGGGAUGAGAUGCUGCGUAUGUACCACGCUCUGCGCGAAGGCCUCAGCAUCAUCGGUGACAUCAGCACCACCACCAUCACCACGGCCAUGCCUCCGCCCGUUGACGACUCGUGGCUGCAGGUGACGGGGAUGCCCUCGGGACGCAGGUCUCCUAUGUCUAGCCCCACCCCCCAGCGCCGGGCCCCUCCCGGACCCCCUCGUCCGGGCGGUCGGGCGGCCCCCGGCCCCCCCUCUCGUCCCGCGGUGUCGCCUGACCCCGGACCCCCGCCCUCCGUCCCCUCCCGGCCCAACAGAGCGCCCCCGCCCGGAGUCCCCAGUCGGCCCAGCAAAGGUAGCCCCGCCCACGGAGAGAGCCCCCAGUCUUCUAUUGAGGGUUAGCCUGACCAGGGUUAGCCUGACCAGGGGUUAGCCUGACCAGGGUUAGCCUGACCCACGGUUAGCCUGACCAGGGUUAGCCUGACCCACGGUUAGCCUGACCUGGGUUAGCCUGACCCGGGUUAGCCUGACCCGGGUUAGCCUGACCCAGUCUGUGUUCUACUGUGUUACUGUGAAUCUUAGUCGUAAUAAAAGUAUUGAUUAUGAGCACAUGUGAUUAUUAACGAUCAGCAAAGUACUUCUGCAAUAUUCAGUGUAUAAAUAUGUGUGUGUGGAGGGUGAGACAGGUCCGCUGCCUGUCUGUCUGUCUGUCUGUCUGUCUGUCUGUCUGUCCAAUCACAUCUCAGCAGUGAAUCAUGUGACUCUGUUUACAUCAGGUUUAUAACGUACUGUAGACGGUGUGGACCUGAAGGGGUCUCACUGCCCUGGGGAUGUUCAGGCUGGUCUGGGAUCAGACCUGCACACCCACUUAGCAUAACCAGUUAGCUCACUCGUUAGCAUAACCAGUUAGCUCAACCAUUAGCUCACUAGUUAGCUCAACCUGUUAACAUAACCAGUUAGCUCACUAGUUAGCGUAAUCAGUUAACUCAACUAGUUAGCUCACUAGUUAGCAUAACCAGUUAGUGCGCUAAUUAGCAUAACCAGUUAGUAUAACAAGUUAGCUCAUCAGUUAGCUUAACCAGUUAGCUCAUCGGUUAGCUUAACCAGUUAGCUAACUGGCUCAGGGCUGCUGAAAGUAUUAGUCAUUUUUUUAUUUGCUGUUUAUCUUAUAUGAAACUAAAGUAUUUAAAACUAUUUUUUACAGUGUAAGGUUUACAUUUUGUAUUUAUUUAUUUAUUUAUUUAUAAUGUUUCUGUGAUUGUAAAUGCUUGGUUCUGCUGUUGCCAUGGCAACAUGCAAAGACGCAGAGCGAAGGACGGACUCUGAAACUGAAACAUUCUGUCAUCAUCUGGUUCUGACCGGUUUCAGCUGGUUCCACAUGGUACCGUUUGGGUUCUGACAGGUUCGAUCAGGUUCUAACCACACCAGAACAGUUUAACCAUCACUUCCAAACUUACCUGUCGCCAUAGCAACUGCAAACUUUAAACAUACACACAGUGCAAUAGUCCGCAGUGAAGGUACCGGUUCAGGGUUUGGAACUGAGUGGGUCUGUGUGGUUCCAGCUGGUUCUGGUGCUUUUCACAUUCUUUAACGCUGUUGUGUUCUUCGUGUUCUGGAUGGUUUGGGUUGACCGUUGCGUUGCGUUGCUGACCUGAGUCCUGGUUCCAGGAGCUGAACAGUGUUGGUGGGUCACAGCGGAGGUUCCGUGUUCUGGAUGGUUCUAUGUUCACCCUUAGCGUGUGCGUACAUGUGUUUGUGUUGGUGUUGUGGUUCUGUAGUCGUAGCUCAGACUGAACUCGUGGAUAUUUGAUGUUCAAUAAUAAUAGGAAUAAAAACAGUAAUAAUGUAUCAUAUAAUAGAUGUAUGGAAUAUGCACACAGGCCCACAUGGUUGUGUGUGUGUGUGUGUGUAGCUCAUUGUGUACUUUGUGUUCUGUUGUCGGGCCAAAUGACAUGUUGUUCAGAUGAAUAAAGUUUGUGCGAAUGAAGCUGAAA